AUGUCAAACACUUUUUUGACCUCAGACAACCCAGACUACAACCCCAAAUACCUCAGCAUGUUUUCAGCAAAGUGCGUGCACAAAGGCUGCGGCAAGGUCUUUACUGAUCCCGAGGAGCCGUGUCAAUAUCACCCUGGACCGCCUGAGUUUCACGAAGGACAGAAGGGCUGGAAAUGCUGCAAGCCACGAGUCCUCACAUUCGACGAGUUCAUGGCCAUUCCCCCGUGUACGACUGGAAAGCACAGUACGGUUGACGACACGCCUGCACCCGAGCCAAAGCCAAACGAUGAGGAGGUAGAAGCGAAGAUCAGGGAGCAAAAGGAGAAAGCGGAGAAUGUUCAGCCCGCAGUAGCGCGAGUAGCCGUGUCUGCGCAACCACCGAGAGCCACACCCAGUCCGGCGCCGCCUGAAGACGAAGACGAUGAUCCAAAUAUUCCUGUGCCGGAUGGUGCUAGCUGCAAACGGCGAGGAUGUGACGCAGUCUACAAAGCGGGGCAGAGCAGAGAAGGGGAGGAGUGCGUUCAUCAUCCAGGUCAAGCGCUCUUCCAUGAGGGCAGCAAAGGGUGGACAUGCUGCAAGAAGCGGGUGCUUGAGUUCGACGAGUUCAUGAAGAUCGCGGGCUGCAGUACGAAGGAUCGCCAUCUUUUCGUCGGCAAGAAGAAGGAUCCGGCAGCGGAGGAGAAGUUGACCGAAGUGCGCAACGACUUUUACCAGACUGCAACGACUGUCAUCGCUUCGCUCUACCUGAAAAAGAUCGACAAGGAGCGGUCCACGGUCAAUUUCGCCGACGCAAACACCGCCGAUCUGGAUUUGCACACGACCGACGGCAAGCACUACCAGACGCAAAUGACGCUGUUUGGCCCGAUCAAGCCAGCAGACAGCGCAUUCAAGAUCAUGGGCACCAAGCUGGAGCUAACUUUGGCGAAGGCGGACGGUUCGGGCUGGCCUGUGCUACGAGCUGACGACCCUCAUACCGGCGAGAUUAUCCAAGCAGGCAGAGCUGGACGUGUGUAA